AGAAAGCAACAUUCGUGAUCUCUGAUGAAAGCAUAGAUGAAUAUAUGAAUAAAGGUAAAUUGACGGAGAAUGAUGGUGCUAGCGAAGAGAAAGAGAAAUGUAGUGAUGGAAAAGACAAUAAUGUUGUGAACAUAAGGUGUGUAGUAAACGUAUUGGAGGAUAAUGAGGCUAAGUUUGAUUAUAAUGGGGGUGAAGCUGCAGAUGGCAGAACAAAUGAAUCUGGAAAAGAUUAUCAUGAAAGUAAAAUCAAAAAUGAAAAAGAUGAACAAAAGGCAUUUGUUCAAUGUCAAAGCCUCGGAAAAAUGAGUUGUGGUAAUGAAACAUGUGAUCACAACAUGUUAAAGGCUAAAUGUAAUGUGAAUAAUUUUGUAAGGUUAAAUGGUGUAAGCUGCCGAAGGGUGAAAACAAGUAGAAAAGUCAUGAAUAAUGUGUAUACGAGUUUAGUUGAAGGUGUAUUGCGAAUUGACAAUGCGAAAAUUAAGGUGAUGAAUACCUUGAGAUUUGAAAGUAAUGAAAGUUUUGAUAAAGGUG